UUUAGACAUGAACCUCUAUGCAGAUAAGAUAAUAUAAUCAGUUUAGAACGAGUGCUUUUUAGUUCUUUUAAGAUAGUUAUUGGCCAAGAGGAAAGCGAAAGGACUGCACAAUGAAACAAUUGAUUUUGGCUUUUGCUUUUGUUAUAACCAUUUAUUUCGCUUGGGUUGAUCCAGUGUCAGCUGUUUCCUGUACAGUGAACGGCGAAUGUAACAGUACGACAUUAUGUACCGGAACUAACAGCUUCCCUAUCUGUCAACAUCCUGAGGGUGCCGAAAUAGUUGCCAACGGUGGAUUGUGCACAUGUAGCGUACCAAGCGGAAGCUGUACUUACCCAAGUGAUUGUUACGGCGUACCCGGCCUAAACUGUAAAGACGAUGCCAGACAUUGCUAUGACAAUAACUGUGUUUGUGAUCGGUUCCCUAUCGGCAAAUGAUGGAAGCAAUUAAACAUGUACCAUGUGAAUUCUAUACAGUUUCUUUUUAGAAAAAAAAAAUAGAUAUAAGAUU